ACAUGCGAGACUCGUGUCUCGUCACAGUGUAGUAAAAUAGAUCCUACACAAAGUUAAAAAAAUUGCUUAUUAACGCGAACAAGAUUGACUACACGUAUUCAAACGAACGGUUAAUUAACACAAGCUACUUGUACCGGUAGAUGGGAUACACGCGCCACACUUUGGAUGAAAGGUGGAUCUCAUUCUAUAUAAAGCUCUCCGAGUACCUGAACGGAAAUCGAAGAGGAACUUCGGAAUCAUAUGUUUCGCUGAAUCAUAUGCUAAAAGUGUACAGCAAAAGUUCGCGAUCAUCGAUUGAUACUAAUCGCACACUUGCAACAGUUGCAACGGAUCAACAUGGAUCCAUUCUUCUGGACGUCUAUUCUCGUGAUCUCCAGCUUGGUGUAUUAUUACUUCAAGAAGAAGCUCGAUUAUUUCGAAGAGCUGAAUAUUCCUUACGUGCCGGGAUGGCCAUUAGUGGGAAACUUCCUCGGUGUGUUUACUCAAAGGCAACAUCUGAUCGAGUUGCUGAAGGAGCUGUACAACUCUCAUCCUGAAGCCAAGUACGUCGGGGCCUUCGAUUUCGGAACCAGGCCGGUUAUAGUUCUGCGCGACAUAGAACUCAUCAAGUCGGUGACUAUAAAGCAUUCGGAUAAGUUUCCCGAUCACAUGCCGCUAGCGGAUCGAAGGACGGAUCCGACCUUAGGAGACAACCUCUUCAACAUAACCGGAGACGAGUGGAAGGAGUUGAGAAAUGUACUGACUCCAUCUUUCACAUCGAGCAAGUUGAAGAUGAUGUUUCAUCUCAUGGCCGACUGCGCUGAUAAGUUUUUAAAGCACGUCGAGUAUUUGCCACCUGAGGCGAGAAAAUACGUCGACACAAAGGAUCUGUUUACAAGAAUUACGACUGAUAUCAUAGCUUCAUGUGGCUUUGGAAUAAGCGUCGACUCGCUGAGGGAUAGAAACAACGAACUUUACGUUCUGGGAAAGAAGUCCACACACAUAGAGGGAAUACAAGGACUGAAAUUUUUGAUACUCAAGUCCUUUCCUUGGAUCGUCAAGCUCUUCAAACUGAAACACGUGACCGAAGACGUGUCGAAAUUCUUCGCGAACCUAGUGAGUACAACCAUACGUACCAGAGACGCAAUGGGCAUCAGUCGACCAGACAUGCUGCAGAUGAUGAUGGACGCUCGAAAGAAGAAAACCGAACACUUGGAGCUCGACAUGAGCAUGAUGACAGCCCAAUGUUUCGGUGCGUUCUUCGCUGGAUACGAAAGUUUGUCCACUUUCAUGUGCCUCGUGGCUCACGAACUCGCCAUCCAUCCGGACGUUCAGAAGAAGUUACAGAAUGAGAUCGACGAGGUCAUGAAGGAAAGUAACGGUAAGCUAAAUUACAAAGCCAUCAAUAAGAUGCAGUACCUCGACGCCGUCUUCAACGAAAUCGCGAGGAAACAUCCUCAAAAUCCCUUCAUCGAUCGGAGAUGUGUGGCUCAUUUUGAAUUUCCCCCGGCGUUCCCCGAUGGAAAACCGAUUACUCUGGAGCCUGGCACCAGCAUUUGGAUUCCAGUCGCGGGAAUACACAUGGAUCCGAAAUACUACGAGAAUCCGGAAAAAUUCGACCCCGACAGGUACUACCAGAAGAAAGUCGCCAAAAACGAUGCCCUCAAUUUGAGCUUUGGGAUCGGAUCGAGAAGUUGCAUAGCUGAUCGUUUUUCCAAGAUGCUGGUGAAUAUUUUGUUCGUGUUGCUACUGUCAAGAUUCAAUUUUGUCAGGAACGAGAAGACCUGCUCGCCUUUGAAGUACAGUCGGAAGAAUAUCAUCAUAACGCCCAAAGGAGGAUUCUCGCUGGAUAUCGAAGCUAGGAGUUGAAUUGUGUUUUGAUAACGUUAACCGAUGCCGUGAUGUGAUUUAUAUUUAUUAUGAACUGUGAUUCGGUAAACACUAAUAAAUGUAAUAUUGAUUGUUCUUAAGGUGAAAAUUUUAAUUAAUUAUUAAAUUCAUUAUUCAGACUAUGCAAAUAACUGUUUUAUAAUAAAAUAUUUCAACAAUUUUAAAAA